AUGUUGUCCUUGGUCUCACUCUCACUUUUACCUUUACUCACCUGUGCGCUGGCCACACCCCUCAGUGGAAAUGACACCGCUAGCCAUGCAGACAACUUCCGUACUUGGGCCACUGCUUCGGCAAUGGCCACUGACUUCGUAUCUCGGCUCAACUUGACCGAAAAGUCUGCCAUGCUCACUGGCAAGUUGAGUUUGGGUACGGGUGGCUGCAUUGGCAACAUUUUGCCGAUCAAUCGUAUCGGUUAUUCGGGCUUGUGCCUGCAGGACGGCGGCAACGGUGUUAACCUCGCUGAUCUUACCACUGUUUUCCCUUCUGGAGUGACGGUUGGUGCGAGUUGGGACAAAAAACUCAUGUACGAGCGAGCAGUCGCCAUGGGCGAAGAGUUUAGGUCCAAAGGCAUCCACGUGGCCCUUGGACCUUCGGCAGGACCUCUUGGUAGACAUGCGCUUGGGGGCAGAAACUGGGAAGGUUUCUCCGUCGACCCGUACCUCUCGGGCAUUGCCAUAGCUGCCACCAUCGAAGGCAUACAGUCCCAAGGCGUUCAGGCCUGUGCCAAGCACAUUGUGGGCAAUGAACAAGAGACUCAGCGCAGCUUCACAAUCUCUGCGAAUGGCACGCGCAUUGAGGCCAUCUCGUCAAACAUAGAUGACCGGACAAUGCAUGAGCUGUAUAUCUGGCCAUUUGCCAACGCCAUCAAGGCUGGAGUUGCGAGCGCCAUGUGCAGCUAUAAUCGCUUGAAUCAAACAUAUGCUUGUGAGAAUUCGGCUCUACUCAACAAUAUUUUGAAGGUGGAGCUUGGAUUCCAGGGCUACAUCAUGUCCGAUUGGUUUGCAACUCACUCCGGCGCUAAAUCGAUCAAUGCUGGUCUGGAUCUCAACAUGCCUGGCGCGUACAGUGUGGAGACGACCGCCACUGGGGAGAGCUACUGGGGAGCCAACAUCACGACCAUGGUGCAAGCGGGGUCUGUAUCGGAGGAGCGUAUUGAUGAGAUGGUCCGUCGUAUCAUGAUCCCAUACUUCUUCUUCGGCCAGGACCGCGACGACUACCCACCGGUAGACCCGUCCCUAGCAUAUAGCUUUGCGGCCUGGUCAAAUGUACUCGACUACCUCCCCAAACCGAUACCCAACAGUCGCGACGUUCGCGGAAACCAUCAUCGCCUGGUCCGCAAGAUCGGUGCGGAAUCGAGUGUUCUCUUGAAGAACGUCGAUUCAACUCUUCCGCUGAAAGCCCCUCUCAACAUUGGAGUUUUUGGCAACGAUGCUGCCGAUCCCAGCGACGGAUUGACCUUUAACGAAAGAUUCGAGAUUGGAACGCUGGACAUUGGCGCUGGCGCAGCAAGCGUUCGUCACACGUAUCUCGUGUCCCCACUGGAGGCUAUCAAGGCUCGGGCCAAGAUAUUUGGCGGCCGGGUCCAGCAUAUUCUGCGCAACUCGAUUAUCGCAGCUGGGGAUUUUUCGAGCUUGUUCCCCAUCCCAGAUGUUUGCCUCGUCUUCCUCAACACAUUCGCAUCCGAGAAUAUGGACAGACAGACAUAUGAAGCCGACUGGAAUUCUACGCUGGUUGUUGAGAAUGUAGCGAGGAUUUGCCCUAAAACAGUCGUCAUCACACACUCCGCCGGCAUUAACUCUAUGCCAUGGGCCAACAACGUCAAUGUCACAGCUAUCAUAGCUGCCCAUCUCCCCGGCCAGGAGUCAGGCAAUUCUAUUGUUGAUGUUCUAUGGGGCGAUGUUAACCCGUCGGGCAAGCUGCCAUACUCAAUUGCGAAGAAUCCUGAGGAUUAUGACAUCCCAAUUGUGAACCUAACGGAAGCUCAGGGUAACUCCCCAACGGGUUGGCAGUCGGACUUCGUUGAGGGCCAGAUGAUUGAUUAUCGACAAUUGGAUUUUGCGGGCAUUGAGCCUCUGUUUGAGUUCGGCUUUGGCUUGAGUUACACGACGUUCAGCAUGAACUCGGAGCUCAAGGUCAAGGAGCUGAGCCGAAAACUUACGUCCAAGCCUGACUCUUCACGCGAGAUCCGACCGGGCGGCAACCUUGAUCUCUGGGUACCAGUUUUGCAAGUUAGCACAAGUGUCACUAACACUGGAUCCAAGGCGGGCUCGACUGUGCCUCAGUUGUAUGUAUCCCUGCCGCUCGAAACGACACCACAAGGGACACCCGUGCAGGUCCUGAGGGGGUUUGAAAAACUUGCAUUGAAACCGGGCGAGACACGAAAGAUUACUUUUGAACUUCUUAGGCGCGAUGUCAGCUACUGGGAUACUAGUUCCCAGACGUGGGUCAUACCGAGGGGCAAAUUCUCUUUCAAGGCUGGAUUCAGUUCUCGGGAUAUUGUGGCGAAGGCUGAGAUGGAACUAGAUCUAAGAGAUUAG